AUGCCUGACGUAGCAGGUUUAGGACCCAGAGAGGCAGGAGGAACAGCAUUGACGUACAAAGCUCCAGUGCAAUUCACCGAGUUGCCAGAGUCUUUCUUGGACCAGCUUUGCAAGCGGCUGCCCCAGGAAGAUAUCAAGUCACUUCGGCUUGUUUGCCCGCGGCUGUGCACGUUGUGCAACGUGACCAACAAAUUGACUAGCCUGAAGGCGUCGGCACUUCUGAGUGGUGCUGCGCCCACUCUCGCGUGUCUGCCGCCCAUCACCUUCCUAGACUUCAACGCUCGAAACGCAGCAUGCAGCCACCAGCUGCUCGCUGCCUUGCGCCAACACGGAACCCGGCUGGAGCAAUCCCUGGUGCACCUUUGCGACUCGCUGCUGGGGCUGCGCGCCCUCAGCAUCCGCGGCCUGGCACACGCACUUACCAGCGAGAGCUUGGCGCACCUCCACCGCCUCACACAGCUGGUCAGCCUCAGUGUGGAUCACCUGAAAUUGCAGACCGGUUGCAGCCUUCCCUGCGGCUCGCAGCUGCGUUCCCUGGAGCUCUCAGACGCCACCAUCAGUGGGCCCUCGUUCGCCUCCCUCAACGCCCUGGUCGGCCUGCAGUCGCUGUCCGUGUGGGGCACCGGCCACCCCGCCGCCCUCGCAUUCGCGCCGCUGACGGGCCUUACAACCCUGCGGCGCCUGCACCUGGAGCUGCCACUGGAUGGGGAGGUCCUCGAGGGCCUGCGGGGCUGUACCGCUCUGGCCAGUCUGUCAGUGCCGAGUGCGAGGGUACUGCGAUGGGGUGCAGGAGCGGCCUCGCCGGAAGAGGGCAGCGACGAGGGGUGCUAUGGCGCUGACCUGGUUGGCGUCAGUGGGCUCAGUGGUGGUGGGUCAUUGCCACCACCGCCGCCGCCGCAGCUUACCAGUGUCACGCGACUGAGCUUGGAGGCAUGGUCGGAGGACUGCUUGCCUCUGGCAGCGUGGCUGCCGGGGCUGAGGUCGUUGGUGCUUGAGGAUGGGGAGGGCAUGUGGAACGCAGUGGCAGGGCAUGAGCAGCUGACUGCGAUACGGGCGGCGGCGGGUGGCAGUUUGCCAUCAGCAGGUGGCGCAGGCGGCGGUGGUGAUUGCUGUGGAGGUGCACUCGGCCGGCUGCCGCCGCAGCUGGCUAGCCUGCGGCUAGGAGGUUGUCAGGACCUCCCUGAACAGCACUACUUGAGCUGCGCACCCUUGCCGGCCCUUACGACCUGUGAGCUGUCCGGAUGUGGGGCCCUGACCACCGGCGCGUUGCUGGGGCUGCUGGCUGCGAUGCCAGUCCUUCGGGAGCUGUCGUUGGAGGGUGCCCCCUACGUGACCGACGCGGCGCUGGCCGAACUGGGAGCGGUUGGGGAUGGGGAGGUGUGGGGAAGCGGGGCGGGGGCCGGGGUGGCUGAGGACCUUGGAGUGGUGUCGGUGGAUGGUGACGGAGGUGGCGGCUUGGGGAUCGCGGCGCCGCUGUCGGUGGCUUGUGGUCCGGCGGUGGCGGCGGCGGCGAAAGCCGCGGUGCUGGCAACCGGCGUGCCGGUGCCGCCUUGCAACGCAUGUGCCGGCAUCGUGGUGGAGCCGGCGGUGCCGCGACGGGAAGGUGUUGCAGCUAGUGUCGCAGCGCCUGCUGGCCCUGCUGCUGCUGCGGAUGGAGAGGCCCUGCCUGGAGCUGCAACGCCGCAGGUCCUGGGGACCGGCUUGGUUUCGGGAGGUGCCAUCCCGCGCUCUAGCAGCGCCGCGGCGCUUGCCGCAGUCAUGAAGGGGUUGGGACAAGACUCCCUGGCGGCGGCGGCGGCAAGGGCAGUGGCAACCUUGGGCGCGGUGAGCCGCAGCCACGCCGGAGGCAGCAGCACCAGCGGCGCGGCGGCGGCGCUCCGUCGGCUAGAGCUCACUCGGCUUUCAAGCAUUACCGCGCGCGGCAUUGCGGCUGCUGCUGCGGGGCUUCCUCGGCUCACUGAGCUACGGAUCUCUAGCUGCCAGGCGGUGUGCCGGGAGGCUUGCGUUUGGCUGCCGCAGCACCUUGGUCGCCCGUACCUGUCGGUGGUGUGCUCUCAUGCGGCGGUGUAUGACGAUCCCUAG